AUGGCGGACGAUUUUGAGUCGCCAUGGGUGGAAAAGUAUCGUCCACUUGUGCUGGCGGAUGUCGUUGGUAAUCGUGAUACGAUUGCAAGUUUACAAGCAAUGGCUCGAGCCGGUAAUAUGACGAAUUUGAUUCUAUCAGGUCCGCCAGGUACGGGCAAAACCACAAGUAUCUUGUGUUUGGCACGCGAAUUGCUGGGACCAAGCGUAAAGCAGGCGGUAUUAGAACUCAAUGCAUCCGACGACCGCGGUAUUGAUACUGUACGUAACAAGAUCAAGAUGUUUGCACAACAGAAAGUGACACUUCCUCCUGGUCGUCAUAAGCUCGUGAUUCUGGACGAGGCAGACUCGAUGACGGCUGCGGCCCAGCAAGCACUACGACGGACGAUGGAGAUCUUUUCUGCUACUACGAGAUUUGCACUGGCCUGUAAUAACUCGACAAAGAUUAUUGAACCAAUUCAAAGUCGGUGUGCUAUUCUACGUUAUACGCGGCUACCGGAUGAGAUGCUACUGCGUCGACUACUGACAGUCUGUGAGCAGGAGAAUGUCGGGUACAAGGAAGAGGGACUGGCUGCUCUUAUCUUUACGGCUGAAGGAGAUAUGCGGAAUGCACUGAACAAUCUACAGGCUACAGCUAGUGGCUUUAAUUUUGUCAGUGAUGAGAAUGUGUUUAAGGUCUGUGAUCAGCCACAUCCGGCAGUUGUGAGGGAGAUCUUGAAUCAGUGUGCGAAGGGGGAAUUGGAUGGAGCAGAAAAUCAGGCGGUUGCGCUCUGGAAGAGCGGCUACUCGUCGCUGGAUAUCAUUGGGACCAUCUUUAGAGUGUGUAAAGCGCUGCCAAUGGAGGACGAGAAAUUGAAGCUUGAGUUUAUUAAACUCAUUGGAAUGACGCACAUGUGCAUCGCUGAUGGCGUUUCGAGUCUGUUACAGAUCCAUGGUCUUGUAGCACGGCUAUGCUCUGCAGCGUUGGCUGCGAAGACGAAAGGAUGA